GCGGCGGCGGCGGCGCAGCGCGGAACGCGGGCCGGAGCGCAGGAGCCGACGGGCCCGGCCGCGAUGGUGCAGCGGCGGCUCCGCGGCGCGCACACGCUCUGAGUGGGCCCGGGCUGGGCCCCGCGCCCCCCGCGCCCCCCGCCGCCCCGGUCCCGGCCCCGGCCGGCAUGAUGUGCCUGGAGUGCGCCUCGGCGGCGGCGGGCGGCGCGGAGGAGGAGGAGGCGGACGCGGAGCGGCGGCGCCGGCGCCGGGGGGCGCAGCGAGGGGCUGGAGGCGGCGGCUGCUGCGGGGCGCGGGGAGUGGGCGCCGCGGGAGCCGCGGCCGCGGACGACGAGGUGCAGACGCUGUCGGGCAGCGUGAGGCGGGCGCCGUCCGGGCCCCCCGGCACCCCCGGCACCCCCGGCACCCCCGGCUGCGCGGCCGCUGCCAAGGGCCCCGGAGCUCAGCAGCCCAAGCCGGCCAGCUUGGGCCGCGGACGGGGGGCCGCUGCCGCCAUCCUCAGCUUGGGCAACGUGCUCAACUACCUGGACAGGUACACCGUAGCAGGCGUCCUUCUGGACAUCCAGCAGCAGUUUGGGGUCAAGGACCGAGGCGCCGGCUUGCUGCAGUCAGUGUUCAUCUGCAGUUUCAUGGUGGCCGCCCCCAUCUUCGGCUACCUGGGCGACCGCUUCAACAGGAAAGUGAUCCUCAGCUGCGGCGUCUUCUUCUGGUCGGCGGUCACCUUCUCCAGCUCCUUCGUCCCCCGGCAGCACUUCUGGCUGCUGGUCCUGUCGCGGGGGCUGGUGGGCAUCGGCGAGGCCAGCUACUCCACCAUCGCGCCCACCAUCAUCGGCGACCUCUUCACCAAGAACACGCGCACGCUCAUGCUGUCCGUCUUCUACUUUGCCAUCCCGCUGGGCAGCGGCCUGGGCUACAUCACGGGCUCCAGCGUGAAGCAGGCGGCUGGAGACUGGCGCUGGGCCUUGCGGGUGUCCCCCAUCGUGGGCAUGAUCACAGCAACACUCAUCCUGAUCCUGGUCCCGGCCACCAAGAGAGGCCACGCUGACCAGCUCGGGGGGCAGCUCAAGGUGCGGACCUCGUGGCUCCGAGACAUGAAGGCCCUGAUCCGCAACCGCAGCUACGUCUUCUCCUCCCUGGCCACGUCGGCCGUGUCCUUCGCCACAGGGGCCCUGGGCAUGUGGAUCCCGCUGUAUCUGCACCGAGCUCAGGUCGUGCAGAAGACGACAGACGCGUGCAGCAGCCCGCCGUGCGGGGCCAAGGACAGCCUCAUCUUCGGGGCCAUCACCUGCUUCACUGGCUUCCUGGGUGUCGUCACGGGGGCGGGAGCCACGCGAUGGUGCCGCCUGCGGACCCAGCGGGCCGACCCCCUGGUGUGUGCCGUGGGCAUGCUGGGCUCCGCCAUCUUUGUCUGCCUCAUCUUCGUGGCUGCCAAGAGCAGCAUCGUGGGUGCCUACGUCUGCAUCUUUGUUGGGGAGACGCUGCUGUUCUCUAACUGGGCCAUCACCGCGGACAUCCUCAUGUACGUGGUCAUCCCCACGAGACGGGCCACGGCUGUGGCCCUGCAGAGCUUCACGUCGCACCUGCUGGGGGACGCCGGGAGCCCCUACCUCAUCGGCUAUAUCUCCGACCUGAUCCGCCAGAGCACCAAGGACUCCCCGCUCUGGGAGUUCCUGAGCCUGGGCUACGCCCUCAUGCUCUGCCCCUUCGUGGUGGUCCUGGGCGGCAUGUUCUUCCUGGCCACGGCCCUCUUCUUCCUGGGCGACCGCGCCAAGGCCGAGCAGCAGGCUCUCCCACCUUCCCCUGGGGCUGACGAGGUCCCUGCCCGGCACGUCCGGCCAGCCGGCCCCCGAGAUGCGAUGCGCCAGAGCAGUGCCCGGGCCCGGCCGCAGCUGAUCCGCCACCUUGACCCCCGCCCGUCUCUCCCCCAGGGUGAACCAGCUGGUGAUGCCACCCGCACCCGUCAAAGUCUGAGGCCGUGCCCCCAGGAUGGCGAACAGACCGUGCCGUCGCCCUACCUGGGAGGCGUCCCGGGGCAUCCCGGCCCUGCCGGGCUGACGCGAAGCUUUCUGUGUGACCCGAGGCUGGGCACCCACCCUCUCUGGCGCGGGCCUGCCGAGUGGCCGUGGCACCAAGAGGCCGCGUCCUCAACUGACGUGGAAGGCUGCGUGUGGGGGAGCCGCACGGACGGACAGACUCCCAGCCGCUGGGGCCCAGGGAGGACACAGCCCCCAGCGCGUGUGUGGGGAGAGCCUGGGGCGUCACCACCUUACAUGGUCCUGGGCGGCUGGACUUUCCCACGUGGCAGCUUUGGAGACCCUGGGCUGCACAGAGAAGGGGCGGCCCAGGCCUCGGGGCGGAGCUUCAGGCUCUGACCUCGGGGGUGCUGCUGGGCACUGGGCACGACCCUCCGGAGGACACUGGUCCCUGCUGCCGGGGCUGGUGCUCGGCCUGGCGGUCUCCUAGGUGAGGGCCACCCGGGCGGGGACCCGACCGCACACCCUGUGCCCACGGUGCCCAGGGCACCUCCACUCCCCCCGCACCCCCCCCCCCCCGCCACGUGCACUUGCACACCCCUGCCCCCGCUCCACACACGCUCCCCGCACACUGGCUGGAAUCAAGGUGGCGGGUAGGAGACCCCCAAGAGCCAGCCUAGGCGACGCUUUGCCCCGCAGUUCCCGCCGGCGUGGCUUCAGUGUGUGCAAGCUAGCAGGCAGCUGCUCCUCACCCAGCUCUGGGGUACCUGCGAGGGGGUGGGACCCCCAAAGACCAGCCUGGCCGCCUCCCACCCCAGCCUCAACCGGGGCCCCAGCGAUGUUUUCUUGUUGUACAAGAACCAGGUCCAAGUUCGCCUCCUCUUCCUUCCGGAAGCCAAACUCCUCCUUUAUUUUUUAGAGCUGCUGAUUGUGAAUCUCAGAGUCUUAAAAGAAAAACCAAAUAUAUUCCUCUUGUAAAUGAAGGAAUAAACCUAUUUAAAUCA